UACAUUUCAACACCUUCGGUUGUUGAUUUGAUAAAACAGUCUAUAACAAACAAGCAAGAGAACGGAACGUGUGCGUUACCAGGGAGCUGGAUUUCGCGAGUAGUCUCGUGUUGAACUCGCGACGUCCCGUGUUGUGUUCCUCUUCUCAUUGAGCAGUAUGAAUCGGUCGCCGUGAUUCCAACAGUUUUCGAUAUGGACACUUUUUUCGUAUAUGGAAAUAACACUAGUGAACUUGUGAGAAUCGGAGGUUAUAUUUGAACACGAAUUGCACUAUCGCAAUCGAUUACAAUAGAACAUGAUGUGUUUACGAACAAUGUAAACCUUCGGAUGAUCCGUCGGUCAACAAAUAGUUCCUAAUCGUUCCAAGAAACAAUCCCAAAUUUUGCGUGCAGUUGUGCUCAGAAAAAAUCCUAGCAAUAUGCCACGACCAUCCCGCGAAUCAUACGGUGACCAAAAGCCACCUUACUCAUACAUCUCGCUGACAGCAAUGGCUAUCUGGAGCUCGCCGGAAAAGAUGCUCCCAUUAAGUGACAUCUACAAAUUCAUUACAGACCGGUUCCCAUACUACCGGAAAAAUACCCAACGCUGGCAAAACUCACUACGCCACAACCUUAGCUUUAACGACUGCUUCAUCAAGGUGCCAAGAAGACCAGAUCGACCUGGCAAGGGGGCAUACUGGGCUCUCCAUCCGCAAGCCUUCGACAUGUUCGAGAAUGGAAGUCUUCUCCGACGGCGAAAACGCUUCAAGUUGCACAAAACCGACAAGGACAUUCUGAACGAAGAACUGGCUGCUCUGGCCAACAUCAACCGGAUAUUCCUGGCGCAAAACUCCGGUGCCGACGCAUACUGUCCCACGAUGGUUGACCCCAUCCACCAGCCCAUGCUUCACUCACCAAUAGAGCCCCACUCUCCUGUGUCCAUUCCAGCUCCAAUUUCCCCUAUUUCUAUCACUGAAACCUCCACACCGCUACGGCCUAAACGAGCCUUUACCAUCGAAAGCCUAAUGACUCCAGACGGCCGGUCUACUCCCAUUACUCAAAGCCCGAAGAAAUCCUCCAAAGCCCAUCACGACAAACUAAAUCUUCUGGACGACAAUCCUCGAAUACCGGGUCUCCUCCAAACGCCAACCCUCCCACCUGCCAGCACUCUGCCCGGAGCGAAUAUUCCUCCUUUCUUCCCGUAUCCGCAUCCCGCCUUGGGCGGCUAUGACUUUCCGAUUCACCCGAUACUAAUGAUGGCACCCCUCGGUGCAAUCCCACCGCACUACUUCCACCACGCGUCCUAUCACAGUCUAACGCUACCCCCGCAAGGAGCCGGCGGUGGAGCAGGAGGAGGCCGAGGUAUCGGUGCAGGCGGUGGCGGCGGCGGCGGCCCUACGCGAACAGGUGCAAUAGACACCGGAACCGGUUCCAGCGUUGUUGUCGAUGCCGGUCCUACCGACCUCAGCCGGCUCGGACACGCACUGCGAACGGUGUGAAAGAUGUGUGACAAAUCACCGUGCAUGGAAACCCCAUUUGCGAUAGAAGGCUGUUUGUUAUUUACUAUAGUUGUCGGAGUUUUUAAUUGGGUACGUGUCGUGUUAGAGUCAAACAAUUGAAUUGAAUCCUUGAAAAACCAGAAAGCACGAGCAUGCAAUGUUCCUUCGAUUUUUACGAAAGAAAGCAACUGUAAAUCUGUAUAGUUAUGUGGUGAUACCGAAUAAGUCAUAGCCUAAAAUAAUACGUAAAUAGUUCAAGGUGCGUGUGCUUGAACAAGCAUUUGUACAGAAAGUAAUAAGUGAAUGUUUAUUUAUAUGGAACGUAUAGAACUUCUUGAGGAGUAAAUCGUCAAAUCUUUCGUCAAUCAGUUCUCAACCGGCAAUCGACAUCAUGUAAGUGUAAGUUAUUAUGUCAUUUUGAGAGAUGCAUAACUAAAUGUGGUAUUCGUGUAAGAUUGUAUACAAACAAGUAUUUAAUGCCAAUAGAACAAUUCAACAUUUAACUGAAAAUCCGAUACAAAAAUAUAAAUGUUUUGAUAAAAUUUCAA